AGAGUUAACAUGGUCGUAUGGAUGCGUGUGCAAUGACCAUCCACUGACCCGAACCGUCGAUGCUUUCCCGGAAGCCGGGACAAAAGAGCAUCCGGACCGUCCGGUCACCAAGGCCUCCUCGCGCACAAGAGUCAUCGGCAGCUGCCGGACAAUAUCAUUUGGUCGCGAUUUUUUCAGCGCGAUAGUCGGUGUGCGUUUUUGGUGACCGUGUGCUAAUCGGGAUUAUACUAUUGUGUUCUCUUCGCAGAAGGCAAAGUAUGUCCAGAUAGUAUAAGACCACAGUACAUAGGAGGAUCAAAAUGAAAAGUUACCCCUACGUCCCCAGCAUGGUGCAAGCAAUAACUGUCCUUACGGUUUUGAAGAUGAUGACCAAAGCCCAAACAUCCUGCGGCUCUGGUGCAAUGAACGGGAAGAUAAUGUACGAAAGAUUGCCCAACAUCCAACUGCAAGGAUUCGACGACGACAUCGUCCGAGACACGGCCCCUCCGUUUAUGGUUCUGGAAAAGUGCCAGGACUUGUGCCUGCGAGACAGAUCCUCGAACAACAUAGUACGGUCUUGUGUUUCGUUUGACUUCCAACCUGGCAGUCGAAUAGCUACUUACAACGGUGGGACGGAAUACGAAGAAAGUACUUGUUACUUAACGUCGGAACAAGCCCAACCUGAAGGCAUCGGAAGCCUCAUUCUGGUGCCCAACAGUGUGCAUUUCACCGAAGUUUGCAUCACCUCUGUCAAACCUGAGAGGGAAUGUCCUAACAGAAAGUACAUAUUCGAAAGACAUCCAAGGAAGAAGCUAAAACUACCAGCACCGGACAUCAAAGAGAUGACGGCAAACAACAGAACUGAAUGCGAGGACAAAUGCCUGAACGAGUUUAGUUUUGUUUGUCGGUCGGCGACAUUUGACGUGGCAAUGAGAACUUGCACUCUGAGCAGAUUCACCCGAAGAACCCAUCCGGAAUUGUUGGAGGACGACGCCGAGUCCGAUUAUCUGGAAAAUACCUGUCUCAAUGCCGAGAGAAGAUGUGACGGUUUGGGAGUGUUUAUAAAAGAGGAGAACAAACGUUUGGGUGGACCGUUCGAAGUCGACAUGUUUUCGAACGUGACUUUGGAGGACUGUCAGGCGAUGUGUGUUAGGGCGGAGAAAUAUUUCUGUAGGUCCCUGGAAUACGACGAGAUGACCAAGCAAUGUACCCUAUCGGAGGAGGAUUCGAUAUCUCAAAAGGACGAGUUGGGGGUUGCCAGCAGUCCGACGCACCAUUUCUAUGACUUCGCCUGUUUAGAUAGCCCACGAGGUUCCGAAUACCCAGACAAUUCGGUCACGUCACACUUGUUCACCGGUAAAAAACCCGACACCGCCUUCCAAAGGUACAGAAACAGCAGGCUGGGGGGUGAACAUCAGUCGGAAAUAUCAGGCAGAUCACUCAGCGAAUGCUUGGAUGAGUGUCUUCGUCAACCCAGCUUCCAGUGCAAGUCCGCCGAGUACAGCGAAAGAUACCGCACCUGCAGAUUGACGAGGUUCAGCCAGAGGGACGGCAUGCGAAUCAUCUACGAUGCCGACUACGAUUACUACGAAAACCUAAUGCUUGGUGGCGACGGCGACGGUAUCGGUUCACGUCCGGGCGAUGGAGGCAGCAUUUUCAGACCCGGAGACGGUUUCCAUGGAGGCGACCGCUUUAGACCCAGCAGCGGUGGCAGCAGGUUCCCAUCAAGUAGCAGCGGCAGCAGAUACCCACCCACUGGCUCUGGCGGAAGAUAUCCUAGUGAUAGGUACCCUCCCAGUUCCGGGGGCGGUGAUUACUAUCCCGGCAGACCUGAUAGGUACCCCGACGACGAUAGAUAUCCCGAUGAUAGAGACAGAUACCCUCUGAGACCAAUAGAUUCGUACCCUGACAGGGGUGGAAGUCGUUAUCCCGUUGGACCUGAUACGAAAUACCCCAACAGAUUUGAUGACAGAGAUCGGUACCCUUCGUUCCCGCCAUCCUCCAGUGGAGGCAGGUAUCCGGACAGACGGUAUCCUCCAGGCGACAAAUACGGCGACCGGUACGACGAGAAGUACGGAGACAGAUAUGGUGACAGAUACGGGGAGAGUUAUGGAACCAGGUAUGGCGAUCGUUAUGGAGGCCGUUAUGGUGACAGAUAUGGAGGCCGGUAUGGAGACAGAGAUCGGGAUCAAUAUGGAAGCAGGUACGGAGGCGCAGGUGGUCGCUACGGUGAGGAUGAGUACCACUAUGGAUCGCGUUAUGGAGGAGGCAGUCGUUACGAGGGAGGAACUCGUUAUGAAGGCGGUAGCAAAUAUGAAGGUGGCGGUGGAAGAUAUGGGGGAAGAUACGGUGACAGAUAUGGCGAUAGAUAUGGAGGGCGAUAUGGAGACAGAUAUGGCGACAAAUAUGGUGACAGAUACGGUGAUAAAUAUGGAGACAGAUAUGGGGACAAGUAUGGUGACAGAUAUGGAGACAGGGACAGGGACAGGUAUGGAGAUAAAUACGGAGAUAGGUAUGGAAACAGAUAUGGUGGAAAGUAUGGCGACAGAUAUGAUGACAAAUAUGACAGUUCCAAGUACGACUAUUACGGUGACGAAAGAGAUGGAGGUAGUAGAUGGUUCUUUAGACCUGAUAGGAGACCAGCAGGAAGACCAGUAGAUAUUGGGCCAUUAAGGCCUUACGAUGAUAGACCACCAGUUGGUGGUAACAGAAGACCGAUUUCACCUGGCCCAGACGGACCAAUUUAUGAUAGACCAUAUGGAACAAGAUGCGAGGAUGUUGAUAAUUUUAAACAAAUGGGCAGCAGACAAAGAGCACGAAAGGAAUUCAUCAGGAGAACCCUUAACGUACCUUCAUUGAGCCAAUGUCAGAGAGAAUGUGUUGAAAUCAGGGAUUUCAUAUGUAGAUCUUUCAAUUAUAGGGAUUUACCACCUGGUUAUGAAAACGAAAGAGAACGUGACAACUGCGAAUUGAGUGAUCGCGACUCAAGAGAUUUGGAAGUAAGCAAUCCGCAAUUCUUCGACACCACAGGCAACUACGAUUUUUACGAACGUUCCAUGGGUAGACAAGGAGUAGAUGGAGAUUGUUUAGAUGUCAGUCAAGUAUGCAACGAAGAUGGCAUGGAGUUCACGCUCAGAACGCCAGAAGGGUUCUACGGAAGAAUCUACACCUACGGUUUUUACGACAGAUGCUUCUUCAGAGGCAACGGUGGUACUGUUAACGUGUUACGAAUAAGUGGGGCUCAAGGCUAUCCAGAGUGUGGUACCCAAAGAUACGGUGACACCAUGACCAACAUAGUUGUGGUUCAAUUCAGUGACUUCGUACAGACUGGCAAGGAUAAGAGGUUUAAUUUGACGUGUCUGUUUAGGGGACCUGGCGAGGCGGUUGUUUCCUCAGGAUUUAUCGGAGCCGGCUCGGGAAGCCCCAUUCCAAUCGAGUACUUGCCAGCAGAAAAUUCUUUAAGCUCCAAAGUACGUUUGAUGAUUUUGUAUCAAGGCAGACCGACAACCACAAUCGCAGUUGGUGAUCCUCUUACCUUCAGAUUGGAAGCACAAGAUGGAUAUAACUAUGUGACUGAUAUAUUUGCUACUAACGUUGUUGCACGAGAUCCAUAUUCUGGAAGGUCUGUUCAGCUUAUUGACAGAUUUGGAUGUCCAGUCGAUAGCUACGUAUUCCCCGAAUUGGACAAAGGACGAACUGGAGACAGUUUGGAAGCCAGAUUUAAUGCCUUCAAAAUCCCCGAAUCAAAUUUCUUGGUGUUUGAAGCAACUGUGAGGACAUGUAGGGAUGGUUGUCAACCAGCUUACUGCCAGUCCGGAUCCGGAAGGUCUGAGCCUUCGUUCGGUAGAAGAAAACGUGAGAUCAACGGAACAAUUACUUUGGAAACCAACAACACCGUGUCCAGUUUGAAUGAGAUUUCAAGCGAGCAAAAUGAAACGACUGUUUCGUUCCCCAAGUCGAUCGAUUCGAAUAUAAAGGUAAAAUCUGACGAGGCUAGUACUGAGGACAAGGAGAACGAGUCCCCGGAGUUUGUCAGGGAAAUGAUAGAGGUGUUCGAUUCACGCGAGGAGCUACAACAAGAAGCCAGAAAAGCGGAGAAGAUCCCAGACACAGUAUGCUUAACGCCCGGUGAAUACCACGGUUUGGUCAGCUCCCUGCUGGCUUUAAUCGCCAUCCUCUUGACCAUAUCUCUGAUCGCCGGUCUUGCCUACAGAAAAUACUGGGUUGUCAUGAAGAAAAACUUGAUAGCCGACCGCUCCUCCUCAAACUUCUCCACGUCCUCGUACCCGAACACCUCUCGCAGCGGUUUAUCGACGGGUAUUUCAAUUUUCGGGGCAGGCAUUUCGAAGCCGUUCAGUGGAUUUAACAGCACGAGAAACUUCCCGAUUUUGCCCAAGGAGGACAUGGAUUGUCCAGGUCCCGCACCCGGGGGACCCUUCGAAGAUCCCAGCGAGCCCAUCUAUACCGAUCCUUCGCUCUUCGAACGAUCUCGAAGCCUGCGCAGUAUAGCUGUGUCACCCAAACGACGACGAUCGCCCGGCCCAAAAAAUUAAUUAAUUCAAAUAUUGCGGACAUUCUCUGAUCUCAUCCGACAAUUUGCUGAUUACCAAUUACCAAUUACGUAAUUUCACAUUGAGAACGGAAAAUGUCUUAUUAUAUCUAACUAAAAAUUUAUUUAUAGGAUAACAUUAGAGAUAUUUUUUAUUUAAUAAGCAAAUAAAGACAUAUGCAAUAUUUUCACUGCCCUAUCCUAGUAUACCGCUCAUGUCAAACAUAUUGUGAUUGUAUUAGUAAUAUUUUUUACCAAAUGAACGCAAUCUAGGUAUACUUUUUUUUACAAAUUUGGCGAAGGCCAUAAAAAGACGUAGAAGGCACAACAUUUAUUUAAUUUAUCUGCACCUCUUAAAGCAUAUCUUUUAAUUUUUUUAAACAUCUUUUAGAAUAGACAUUAUACUAUUAUUUUUAAGUUUAAGAAUAAGUCAUGUACAUAAUUAUGCAAUAAAAUAUGAUUUUUAGA